CGCUGUUGUGAAUCGGAGUCCUGCGGCCCCACAAUGCCAGGCGGGGGAGCCCCUCUCUCAGCAGCAGCAGCAGCAGCGCGGCGCAGCAUCACCGCCUCGCCUCACUGAGAGAAGGUCGGAGAGGAGAGCGAUGCGAAGGGAUGUAAGAUGGCAGAGCUACAAAUGCUACUAGAGGAGGAAAUCCCUGCCGGCAAAAGGGCGCUCGUGGAGAGCUACCAGAACCUGUCGCGGGUGGCGGAAUACUGCGAGAACAAUUAUGUCCAGGCCCAAGACAAAAAGAAGGCCCUGGAGGAGACCAAGGCCUACACCACCCAGUCUCUGGCCAGCGUCGCCUACCAGAUCAACGCCUUAGCCAACAAUGUGCUGCAGCUGCUCGACAUCCAGGCAUCGCAACUGCGACGCAUGGAGUCUUCCAUCAACCACAUCUCCCAGACGGUGGACAUCCACAAAGAGAAGGUGGCACGUCGGGAGAUUGGCAUCCUGACCACAAACAAAAACACCUCUCGCACCCACAAGAUCAUCGCCCCGGGCAACAUGGAGCGGCCGGUGCGCUACAUUCGAAAACCCAUCGACUACACGCUGCUGGAUGAUGUGGGACACGGCGUCAAAUGGCUUAAGGCCAAGCAACAUGGAAACAAUGCGGCAGGCCGAGGAGGGACGCUCGCCAGGACCAACCCCCCGACACAGAAACCCCCAAGCCCCCCCAUGGCAGGUCGUGGUACCCUGGGGCGCAACACUCCCUAUAAGACACUGGAGCCAGUGAAGCCUCCGGUGGUGCCCAACGACUACAUGACGAGCCCGGCGCGACUGGGCAGCCAGCACAGCCCUGCACGCACAGCCUCCCUCAACCAGAGGCCCAGGACACACAGUGGCAGCAGUGGGGGUAGUGGCGGCAGGGAGAACAGUGGAAGCAGUGGAGUCGCUCUCCCUCUGGCAGUUCCCACCCCCUCCCCUCCCAGUUUGGGGCAAGCGGCGACGUCCUCGGCCACGGUGCCCCAGGGCCCCGGCCUGGGUCCCAUCCCCAUGUCCCAGUUCGGCACCAUCUCCCGCCAGAUCUCCCGCCACAACUCCUCCUCCACCACCUCCUCGGCCUCCAUGGUUUCGGCCACCGGCACCUACCGCCGCGCACCCUCUGUGUCCUCCCAGCAGCCUCACAUCAACGGGGGCCCUGCCUACACACAAAACCCAAUGUCUGUGGCUCCUCCGCCGCCUCCUCCCAUGGUCCAGCUGACCCCACAGAUCCCCCUGACCGGCUUUGUAGCCAGAAUGCAGGAAAGCAUAACAGACAGCCCUGCCCCGCCUCCUCCGCCUCCACCAGAGGACCUGGGUGUGUUUGAGGAACCCUCUCCUCCUCCUCCUCCGCCGCCAGUGGACUACGAGGAAGAAGAAGCAGCAGUGGUUCACUACAGUGACCCGUACGCUGACGGAGACCCCCAGUGGGCCCCCAAGGUUUACCUAGAGAAAGUCGUGGCCAUCUACGACUACUCCAAGGACAAAGAGGAUGAGCUGUCCUUCAUGGAGGGAGCCAUCAUCUACAUAAUCAAGAAGAACGACGACGGCUGGUACGAGGGCAUCUGCAACGGCGUCACUGGACUCUUCCCGGGAAACUACGUUGAGUCCAUCAUGCAUUAUGCUGACUGAAAAAAAGGAAAAGGAAACAAAACAAACCCCUCCCCACCCCUCCAAAAAAAAAGCACUGCAGUUUGGAACAGAGGUAAAAGUGUGAAGAUGUACAGAUGUAUGCAGUGCAGCGACCGCAGCUCACGCGGCUCCUGUUUUCAAUGAAGUGCCAUGGUGAAGUCUUCGGAUUAUACUGAAUGGUUUUCCUUUAGGGGAGCUCGGUUUUGUUCUGCUCCCCCCAAAAAAAGAAGAAAAAAAACAAACAGUGUCACACAUUGAAGGAGUGUGCUGAUGCUUUCGGAUGACUGGGGUCUGUUAGUUUACACUGCGGACGAGGAGCGGGAGUUCAACCCCUUUUUGUCCGCCGCUGUCACAUCUGCGCCGGUCCAUAGUACUUUUCACACUUGGUCACAUUUCGCCUCGCAGUAAAUUGCAUAGAACUCAAAGAAUACCGAAACAAAUGUUGACUUAAGUGUUAAUUUGGGCAUUCGCAACGAACAUAUCCAGUAUUUCCAGUACGCAGUAGGUCCAGACAGUGAAGGACUACCACCAAUUUCAUAUGAUUGAGGCAGUUGUAGCAUUCUUCUGGAAGCUCCCACCCCUUCAUUUGCACUGUAGACCAGCAGACCGACUCUCCCCUCCUUUCAAAAACAUCCAUCUUACCUUAUCGAAAAAAAAGAAAAAGAAAAAAAAGGACACGCAAACAUCCACAGGUGCAUUCGGACUCGACCGAAUGUUCCAUGUCGUCGAUGUCCAAAUCACAAGAUGUUUAAGAUGUGGGCGGGGGGAGGGGGGGGGGGAUGAGCGAGGACGCUGUUAAAAAGGGUGUGAUGUGUAUAGAAUGCAUUACAAGAAAAAAAAAAGAAGAGAAAAGAAAACCGUUUACUUCUUCUUCUGGUGGAGUUUCUUUCUGUUCUUCCAAUGGUAAUGUGUGUAUAUAAACUGUAAUGUGUGACAAGCUGCCAGUACAGUACAUCUGUCAGUCGGUGUGUUUCACCUGUGAGUUGCCAUCAUCAUCAUCAUCAUCAUCAUCAUCAUCAUAAGUGGAGGUGGUGCCAAGAUCUUUUUUUUCUUCUUUUUUUUACCUGAAUAUUAAUUUCAUUCAUCACAGUGCCAUUUUUAACUUUAUCCAAGCAAAGCGGCUGUGGGCAAAAAUUCAUAUUUUUUUUUCUGUGAACGUCACGGCCACAUCUUUUUGAUCAUCGGCACUGUUCUUUUUGGGCGACGCGGUCCGGCCACUGUAGCAGGGAGGCAGAAGAACUAACCAGUGUACUAUGUUUUCAUGUUUGUUUUGUCCAGUGUGCUGGAAUAUGUAGCUGCACUGAUUAGUCCUCGAUGACUGUGAUGACUUUAUUAUGAUCCCCCCGCCCCCGAUUCUCCCAAUUGCAAACGCAGCGAGACGUUGAUCUGAGCGGCGUCGAGGUCAUCGUUGUCGUCGUCGUUCCUGCCAGUUGCCGGUUGAUGGUGUGGUGCUUCACAUUUGGUGCUCAAUAGCCGCAAUCACCAACCCAGACAACCUCAGAGCCAGGCCGCUCUCUGCACACCAGACAUGUAAUGGAGGAUCCCAGUGUCCUUAUACUCUGUUCCAGAAGGCGAAACACAUUGAUCCUCAAUCACGUCUGCACUGUUGUGAAUGUAGGUCGACUCGGCGGGUAAUGUACUCCAGCUGGAAGCAGCCUGCUGCUCGUGGUCCAGAGUCUGUUGCUCCACAUGAACGACACCCGUUAGCUGCAGUAAAAGGAACGUGAUGCAUUCCUUUAGGGCUUGAACACGGCGCCGGUGUGAUGAGCUCUUUCUUUUUUUUCCUUCUUCUUUUCUACUACUUUUGCAAAAUAAGAUGCCUGCUCUUACCAAGGGAUUGUUGUGGUGCAAGUAAAACGUCACCGCAGUCAAACAUCACGGAAAGCUAACGCUCUCAGAAUACUGAGUGUUUCCAAACGAGUCACAUGGACAUAACCGUGUGUGCGAGCAGCGGACAUGAACUUUUAACAUUUUCAGGUGUCUACGCCGGCUAGAAAAGUGGACAGUACACACGGAGCCUCUGUGCAUGAACGUAUCUAACCGCCAUUACAGCGAAUGAUUUGCCACUACAGUACAUCCCGUCGUUGAUUGUAUCUUUUCCCAUCAUGAGGUCAUUCUUUUUGUGAGACAACAAACUUUUUUCUACUUCCUGCAUUUCUAGCUCCGCGUUCGACUUCGUCGUCACGUCCCGAGGCUUGCUGAGGGAGGUCCGUCGGCGGUUUGUAUGUAAAGGAUUAAUUUAUACGUUUUUUUUCAUAGAUAAAAAAAUCAUGAGACAAACCACUGAUGUGCAGAACUUUGUAAUGUUUACCACUUAACGUCUUGCAUUUCAGGGCAUCACAGGUCAAGGCGCCUUUCUUUGGUAUGUGUUUUUCUUAUGAUCAGAAGUGUGUGUGUGUGUGUGGGGGGAUCAGUAACUUCAAUGGAAUUCAAUAUUUGUCUUCUCAGUUUGUACAUAGGAUGUGUUCAUUGAAAUUUAUGUACAGUCUUUUUUUGUAAUAAACAGCUCGUUGAAACGAUGAA